AUGAAUACGCAUCAAUUGCGCAGAGUGCCAUUCGUCGCCAAGUGGCCCGUCACCGCAUGCCGCAACGCAUCAAGCAAAACACCUCGACCCCCAAAACCGAGGUCUGCCCUUCAAAACCCUCCAAUCGAACCAACCAGCCCAACUAACACCUACUCCAGCCCUAAGCCAGCAGUCCCGAAAACGAGACAACAGACUCUCCCUCGCCAACGCCAACAAAACCGACCAACCCCCCUAUCUCCCUCAUCCUCCUCAAUCCCGCCCGCCUCACCCCCAAAACCAAGCCAUGGCAUACCCCCCAGAGCCCUCACCUUCCUCGGUGUUUCCGCCCUAACAAUAAGCAUGUACUGCGGCUACCUGUACGCAUCCUACAAACGCGAAGUCCACAAAGCCAAAACCCUCAACGUCCCCACCGACGUCUCAGACCGCUACAACAAGACCGCCGCAACCUUCGACGCAGACGUCGCCCUCUCCGAAAAAGCAAUGGGCCUAGGCUCCAAGCGACGGGAUCUAAUCUCACGGGCGCGCGGCGACGUCCUAGAAGUCAGCUGCGGCACAGGUCGCAAUCUGCCAUACUACGAGCUCGGCGAGCGGCGCGCAUUAGACGUCGACGGACGACCUGGUGUUGUGGGAUGUCGGUCUGUGACGUUUGUUGAUCUGAGUCCGCAGAUGGUGACGAUUACGAAGGAGAAGUUCGCGAAACUGUAUCCUGAGUUUAAGGGGGUGGUGUUUGAGGCUUGUGAUGCGGGGUCUGUCGAGUCGCCUGGUAGUGCGCGGGGUGAGGUUACCCCGAGGUCGGAGAGGUACUACGAUACUGUUGUGCAGACUAUGGGGCUCUGUUCGAUGCCGGAUCCGGUUGGGACUUUGAGGCAUUUGGGGACUGUUACGGAGCCCGGGAAGGGGAGGAUUCUGUUACUGGAGCAUGGGAGGUCGAGGUAUGAGUGGGUUAAUCGCAUUUUGGAUAAUCUGGCGCCGGCUCAUGCGGAUCGCCAUGGGUGUUGGUGGAAUAGGGAUAUUGGGGAGAUUGUCAGGGAGAGUGGGUUGGAGAUUGUCGAGGAGAAGAGGUGGCAUUUGGGGACUACUUGGCGUUAUGUGUUGAGGCCGAAGCUGGAGGAGAAGGUGAAGUCUUGA